UCCUUCCUGGUGUAUGUCGUGCGUCACAAGUGACGUAACUUCUGGGUAGGAUUUGUACAGCGCUGAACGUGUUCAAAGGUUUAUACAAUGUCACCAAAGGAAUUCCACUGGGAUCUGCUACGAGCUCUUCAACUUUCCGAUCGUGUAGAAUGCCUUGUGAGUUAAAGCCUCGGUUCCUGGUUCUGUACGGGUCUCAGAAAGGCCAGGCCCAGUCCAUAGCCGAGGGGAUAGCUGACGAGGCCGAGGAGAGGGGACUGUUUGCUGAUAUCUGCUGCUUGAGUGAAGGACACAAGUUUAACUUGGAGAAGGAGAGUUCUCCUGUGGUGUUCGUUGUGUCUACCACAGGGGAUGGGGACCCACCAGAUACAGCCCAGAAGUUUGUCAAGAGGAUCAAGAAAAAGACCCUGCCCCGUGACCUCUAUGCACACCUCUGCUAUGCUUUUUUAGCUCUGGGCGAUACAAACUAUGCAGAUUUCUGCAAAUGUGGGAAGACUAUUGACAGCCGUCUACUGGAUCUUGGUGCUAAACAUUUCUAUGCAACAGGACAUGCAGACGACGGUGUAGGGCUCGAAUUGGUGUUGGACCCCUGGCUUGAAGGACUGUGGGAGGCGAUCAGAGGUGCGUUAUCCAAGAUGGCCGCCCCUCAGCCUGAGAGAGAUGGCCAUGUUAGGGACCAGAGAGUAUCGUCAAACGAAACGCCAGAAUCGUCAGCAACAGACAUCAAACUCCACCUCCUGAGUCUCAACGAAUCAGAAUCCCAAAUCACCAAAUCCCUCACAACAGCAGCAAGUGCUAAGACUGAUUCUUUGGCUGUUUUAGCAUCAGAGACCGGGAGCUCAGUUACUGAUCUCAUAACGGUGUCAGCGACCGACAACACUGGGACUGCUCUUAAACUUGAUAGUGUUGUCUCUGAACGCAAGUCAGUGUUGACGACACAGAGUGGACAGACUGGGGCUCCCCCUGCUGUUGUAGAGGCCUCUCUGACACGCUCCUUGCCUCCGCUGUCUGAGUUGGCCCUCAACAUCCCAGCUCUGCCUCCACCCUACCUGGAUGUCAUGCUUCAGGAAGCCACCAUAGAAGAAGAGACCAAUGCUCCGGUCAGUAAGGAGACUCUUCACGAGGUUCCCAUCUCCAGGGCAGUCCAGCUGACCAGAGACGACUCAGUUAAAACAGCCCUUCUGAUCGAGAUUGACAUCUCAUCCCACCCUAUGGCCUACCAGCCUGGGGACUCGCUUGAUGUGCUGUGCCCUAACAGAGCCUCCGAGGUGGGGGAGCUGCUCCGUAGACUGGGCCUAGAGGAUCAGAAGAGCAACCGCAUCCAGCUCUCACUACGAAAAGAAACCAAGAAGAAAACUGCUCAGAUCCCCUCCUACAUCCCAGAGAACAGCACUCUGCACUACCUGCUCACCUGGAGUCUGGAGAUCAGGACUGUCCCUAAGAAGGCGUUCCUCCGUUCCCUGGUGGAGUGUACAGGAGACAGUGGUGAGAAGAGGAGACUACAGGAGCUGUGUAGUAAACAGGGAUCAGCCGACUACAACCUCUAUGUCAGAGACCACAACCUCGGCCUAUUGGACCUGCUCACGGCUUUCCCCGCCUGCCAGCCCCCUCUCAGCCUCCUCAUAGAACAUUUGCCCAAACUGCAACCAAGACCGUACUCCGCGGCAAGCUCCAGUUUAAGACAUCCAGGUCGGCUGCACUUUGUUUUCAACAUCAUAGAGUUCCCAGCUUGCGCUGGGAGACCCGUGGGGAGGCGUGGCCUGUGUACUGGUUGGCUCUCUGACCUAGUUGAUCCCAUCCUGGUGCACCCUGGGAAGGCUCAGUCCUCCAGCACCCCAGCCCUCCCUAAGGUCCAUGUGUGUGUGCGUCAGAACUGCUCCUUCCGCCUGCCCUCUGACCUCUCCAAACCCUUCAUCAUGAUUGGACCAGGCACCGGGGUUGCACCCUUCAUUGGAUUCCUACAACAAAGGGAGAAGGAGAGGGAGGAAAACCCAGAGGUGGAGUUCAGUGAGACCUGGCUGUUCUUCGGUUGUCGCCAUAGAGACCGAGACUUCCUGUUUAGAGAGGAGCUGCAGGGGUUUGUGGCCAAUGGAACCCUCACCCAUCUGAAAGUGUCUUUCUCACGGGACACUCCGGAAGGAACAGAAACACAGACCGAGACGGGACCCAGAUACGUCCAACACAACCUGCUCAGCCAUGCCAAAGACAUCGUCAACCUCCUCCUCAAGGAGAAUGGGUACCUCUAUGUCUGCGGUGAUGCUAAGAACAUGGCUAAAGAUGUAAACGACACCCUGAUAGAGAUGGUAUCAGCAGAGCUUCAGCUGGAUAAACUGGACGCCAUGAAAAGACUGGCCGGACUCAGGGAGGAGAAACGUUAUCUUCAGGACAUCUGGAGCUGAAAGAAUUCACACCCCUUGACUUUUUCUACAUUUUUUUUUCGUGUUACAAGUUGGGAUUGAAAUGUAUGUAAUUGUCAGGCCAGCAUCCCGGAGUCGCCUCUUCACUUUUGACGUUGAGACUGGUGUUUUGCAGGUACUAUUUAAUGAAGCUGCCAGCUGAGGACUUGUGAGGCGUCUGUUUCUAAAACUAGACACUCUAAUGUACUAGUCCUCUUGCUC